GUGCGUAUCCGCGGCGUUUCCCCUGUCUUGUUCUUCUUUUUCAUAUGCGAUGAAGAACGUGUUAUCCGUCGCUUUCCUUCUCUCGCCCAACGACUCCUCCACCUGCUCGCUUGUUUCUCGUUCUCUUUGCUCUUCCCUUUUCACAGGUUUUUAUUAAUAUUUAUUAUCGCGCGUGGUUGUGUGUGCUACUCGGACUGCACGGAUACACAUGCCUACCUAGCUAUCUACUACUACGUGUGCUUCAUCUUGGCGGGAGGGGAGCUAACAGACACCACCGAUGACAACAAAUGAACUCCCCCUCUCCCUCUCUCUUCACACCUUUGCUCCAACUCUUAAGAGUACUACUGUUUUUCCUAAAUCACCCUUCUUCUAUGUUUCACGAGAACACACACACACACACACACACACCCACACACACGUGUUUACCCACGCUGACAUAAAACCUAUCAUAACGAGGAAACGGACCUACUGACGAACAGGCCUUCCGCUCACGAUCCAGCCCGCUCUUUUCAUUCCUACUCUUUCUCUACCUGUAGCGCUUUAUUACACCUUCAGAUGCUCUCGCGCGUAUCCCACCUCUUUUUCCGGCGAGAUCGUUCAGACGUCCGCCAACACCAGCCACAAAAGAUGCGCACCGGCAAGCGUGCACGAAUGAGUACCAAACCAAGCGAUCGGAGCAGCGGCAAUGGAGCCGCCGCCCUCCCGCCGCGGCGCCGUUCGAACCUCAAACACCGGUGCGAGGUAUCCACAGAGUGAGCAACAUCGAAGAGAGACAGAGAGAGACGUUGCCGCUGCGCUCGGCGAGUACGCCGCAUAUAAUUCCUCUCCGUGGUGGUUUUCGUUGCACUUACUGUUUCCAUCGUUAGCACCAUCAGCAACGACCUGCCCAGCAGCAGCUGACACGAGGGCAGGGGCAGCAACGAUGGGUGACACCGCCGCUUUUAAGGGAGUGAACGAGUCCGUGCUGCCGCCGAUGCGCGUGCGGCCGGACGACCAGGCGUGUGCGCUGUGCACGGACGGUCUGGUGUACGUGCACGUGGGCCGCGCCGCCCACGCGACGGAGGCCGUGUCUGCCGUAGCCGUGCAGCACACGGUGACGGAGGUGCUGCACGUGCGGCUUGACGAUGCGCCGACUUUCAGCGCGGGGCGCGGGCCGUCGACUGCUGCGUGGCCGAGCUCGUCGGAGGUUGUGUCGCGGUGUCUCGCACAGCUGAUCAGUCUUGGCCUGCUCGGCACUGCGCAGGGCGCGAGUCUUGCGCACGGCGGGACGGCCCCGCGUGUGAGCGCUGCGGUGCUUGUGGACUACGACGCUGCUGGGGCGGGGACGCUUGUUGGGCGUGCGGACCGGUGCCCCGCGUUCCUGGCGGAGGUGCGGCCGGUUGCUGCGUCCGCUGCCGCCGCUGGUGCUGCGACGAUGGACGUGUCGUACCCGCGGCUGCCGUCGUGGCCACUGCGUGUGGCUGGCGGUGGGGGAACGGUGCUGCCUGCGCCGCCGUACUUCGGGACUGCGACGGUGCGCGAGACGGACGUGGACCGUGACGUGCAGCCGCCCGCGUCUGUGGAGCUGACGGGUGACGGGAGCGCCGUUGUAGUGCGCUUUGGCCGCGACGAGGCGUCGAGGAGGCCGGAGCCGUUCGAGGUGGUGUGCCCGCCGCACUUCAUGUCGGUGCACAUUGGCCGCUUCGGCCGGCAGCACAACCAGGUGCAGGAGAUGCUGCACACUCUCGCGCUGUCGCACAGGACGAACCGCACCUUCAUCGUCCCCGUUUUUGCGCCGGAAAACUACAUUCCGUAUAUCCGCUACGACGCGCAGAAGGUGUACGGGUUCAACGCGCUGCGCCGCGAGGGCGGGUACUGCCUCGUGUCGUACGCCGAGGCGCGGCGUGUGCUGAAGGAGCUGGAGGCGCGGGGCGAGCCGAUGAGUCUGCGCCGCCUCAACUACCGUGGCGUUGCGCGUCCACGCGAUGCGAAGCAGUGGGCCGAUGAACUCGCCGGAGACUGGUGGCAUGUACCUCCCCGCACCGACGCGGGCGGCCGGCGGUACAACGUUGAUGCGUGGUUUGAGGAUUCGAAGCUGCGUGAGCCGCCCCUGACGAACGUGAGUGACGGCCGCGCCGAUGGUAUGCACUUCGUGGAGACGGAGGACGAGUUCACGGCGAAGGACGUGUUCCCGGACGGCGGUGAGGAGCCGUACGUGCGGGUGGCGCGGAUGCGCAAGGCGAUCACGCUGCUCGUUGAUCUGCUCGGUGGUGCCCAUGAGAGCAGACCCGCCACGAAGCCGCAGCCUCGACUGGCGGUGCUGAGCAGCCGCAUGGCGUUCUUUGUGCAUCCGCCGCUGCGGGAGCAGACGCGGCUGAUGGGGCUGCUGCGGCCUGCGGAGAACAUCACGAAGGAGGCGGACCGCUUCUACGCGGAAGCCGCCGCUGCCUACAACUGGCCGCGACUGAGGGAGGCCGGUGAUGCGGCGGGUGUGCGCGGUGCGCUGAAGCCCGGCAACUUCAAGGGCGUGAUCGGGUUCCACAUUCGUCGCCGCGAGGGCAGCUGCAGGGCGGAGGCGCUACGGAUUGAAGGACCGAACGUGGCCAUUGAUCGGCGCUUCCAACUUGAUCGGGCGAACCCGAGCUGGUCGAGCCCGCUGUCGACAGUGCGGAACAUGGAGCUGGACUGCGCGCUGACGAGGACGCGCGUGGCAGAGCUGUACCGGCAGUACACGCAGUGGAUGCGGCACAACAUGACGGAGGACGCGGCGGCCUCUGCGCAGCUUGUGCCGACGAUUUUCAUGGCCUACGACCACCAAAGCGGCCCGAUCGCUGAGCAGGUGGAGCAGCGACUGGCCGAGAUGUGGCUGAGCCGCCAACGCAGCUCGACGUGGGGCGCAGCGACUGUACGUCCUCACCGGUUUGUGGCUUCGUAUGAUGCCCGCGUUAACAUGAGUUUCGCUGCAGCGUUUAAGGCUGAGACCCGCCGACUAAACACCCAUCGGAGCGUACAGUCCGAGCCCAUCAGCGAAGAGGAGCGUCAGGUGGUGCUCACACGUAGGCUGUACGACUUUGCGUUUGCGGAGAUCUGUGCGAUGGCCGUUGACUUCUUCAUGCUGACGAAUGUAGAGGUGUUUCGCGGCAGCACGCUUUCUUCCGUGUCCAUGAACGUGAUAAUGCGUCGUUGGGGCCGCGGCUUGCCGUGCCACGGCGCGUUACCCGGGUAUAUGGUGUCGUACUACACGUCGAUGUGGUAUUGUUUGGGCUCUUCAAUUAGCAACAGCGGGUAG